ACUUAUGAAAGCUAUUUCAACUAAGCUUUUAUCUAAAAAAGUUAGGUAAUCUAAUUACAAAAUCUCCUAUCUUGCAUGCCACAAACAUAGUAGUAUAUACAUAUGUACAACCAAUUUUAUCUUUCUUCCAAGCAAUUCCAAUUAUGGGAAAGAUUUUACUGGUUUAUGUCAUGGUUAUUUUUGCUCUUGCAUACUCAGGUUCAGCCACUAACUACAUGGUGGGUGAUAAUUCUGGCUGGGAUAUUAGCACUGAUCUUGAUACAUGGUUGCUAGGCAAAAGAUUUGUCGUUGGCGAUGUUCUUUUGUUCCAAUUUUCAACGUACCAUAGUGUGUAUGAGGUAACAAAGGAGAAUUUCGAUGGGUGCAACAUAACCAAAUCACUAAAAUCGAGCAGCAAAGGCAAUACAUCUUUCCCAUUAAUAAAGCCAGGGGACAGUUACUUCAUUUGUGGGAACAGGUUACAUUGUCUUGGAGGGAUGAAACUUCAUGUAAAUGUUGAAGAUAAUAAAAAAGAAUGAUAUAUUUUUAUAUUUAGAAAUCAUUUAACUUGAAACUUUUCCUUUUAUCUUUAAUGAAAUAAUUUAAAUUCAUAAAAAUAUUUAUGACUUGUUUUACACCACAAGUUUCAAAGAUCUUUCCUUUCUUUUUU